AGUUUCUCAGCGACGAGCAUGGCUCAUUUCCCGUAUACUCACCUCUUUCUUACAUCUUCUAUCGCCGUCGUCAUUGCUGGUGAACACAUCCAAACUCUCGACGUAAGAACAGGAAGUCUUAUUUCCACGACAGUCGGAAGGGAUGGCUCAAAUGCAGGUCCUAUACGCGCCGCCGCCAUUGAUUCAGACGGUCGGCAUCUCGUGACGGUCGGAGACGAUAAGCAACUGAAGGUAUGGCGUCUGGACGGUCUAGAGCUGUUCAACCAACGGGAGCUUCCGAAACGACCCACAGCGUUGGGGUUCACAAAAAACGGGGACGCCAUCUUGGCUGCAGACAAAUUUGGAGACAUCUUCAGUUACCCGCUGGAGUAUGUCCCUCCAACUGCUCCAAUCGAAGACAAGAGUGCUCUCUAUUCCUCGCAUGAAAACCCCUCUGGCGGCCGACUGAUUCUCGGUCACGUAUCCCUUCUCAACGCCUUCGUAUUAAGCGACGACGAGAAAUACAUCAUUACCGCUGACCGGGACGAGCACGUACGUGUCAGUUGGUACCCUCAAGGCUAUACUAUCGAAAGUUACUGUCUGGGACACACGCAAUUUGUCUCUGCCAUCCAUAUUCCGUGCUUUGCCCCGGACGUCCUGAUUUCUGGGGGUGGAGACCCGGUGCUCAAAGUUUGGGACUGGUUAGGUGGUCGGUUUGAACGCGACAUCCCGAUUUCAGACGCUGUGGAGCCGUACAUCAGAGUAAAACCCGCACGCAAGACACCUCGACGGUUUGGAGAUCAAUGGGAUGGAAGGGACGAUGGAAAGAAAGGAAAGAAGAGGAGAAAAGGCAAGGGCAAGAGCAAAGGAGGAGCCGAUGCCAAUGAGCAGCCAGAACCAUUGUCCGUUAUCGCUGCUGAAGAGGUGGAAGGGCUCUCAGUCGAGACGCAACCAGAUGAAGACCAAAAAAUCCUUGCGAUCUCAUGCAUCAAGUCUCGAGGUAGAGACGUCCUCUUUAGCGCUUAUGGCGCAACCGCCUUGUUUUCCUUUACCUUCCCGGAAUCCAACUCAGCUCCUCACAUAUGCGCAUUGGAGCUUGAAAAACCAGUAUUGGACUUCAACGUUCAAGACGACGGAGUCAUUUGGAUCUGCGUGGAUGGUGGUUGGUCGCCAACAGGCCACGAGUCCGACAGACCCGGCAACAUGGUUCGUUUAGCGAAGAUUGAUGCAGGGGCCAAGCUUUUCGAAAUCACUGCUCAACCGCCUCCCUUACUUACAGCGCUCAACUCGACAACCCUCCUUCCAGCAACUCAAUCAGAGCUUACUGCUCUCGAUCUAUACGGGUCGCUGACUGCCCUACCUAAAGGCCGCGAUAGCGAACACGAUCCGAUGGACCGUGAAGCUAUCGAGGGUCACACAGUCGAGUUGAGUAAAAAAGAAUUGGGGCGGCUGAAGACGAAAAAAGCAGUUGCAAAGCAACAGGGCAAUGACGAUGAAGAGGGAAGGGCGGAUGUAGAAAUGACGAAUGUAUCAUCGACCUAA